GAAAUAUGUUCCCGAGAAGAGCGGCUCCUGCGCUUCAACACUUGAGACAACAGUUUCACUGCGACUAAUUUCAACUGAAAUCACAGAGCACCGCAGAGUCUGCUCCUUGUCCAACUGUUCUCCUCUUCCUUCUCUCUCUAGCUCUGGUUUUUUUUUUUUUUUUUUUUUUUUUUUUUUUUUCUGCGCUGGAUCUUUCGUGCCAGAAAAUGUGUGUGGAGAGCGAUGGAUGCGAGAUUGAAGGCUGCAGCAGUUCGGAUGAGGUGCGCACGCUGUCGGGCAGCAUGAGUCCCGGACUGAAAUCCAACCCGGAUCUCCACCCGUGCAAACCCGGGCAGAAAUUCCGAGCCGCGCUGCUCAGAUGCCGCUCACCGGCUGCUGCCGCCGGGAUCCUCAGUUUUGGGAACGUCCUGAAUUACAUGGAUAGAUACACUGUAGCCGGUGUCGUGCUCGACAUCCAGCGGCAUUACAACGUAACGGACAGUGGAAUCGGCUUGUUGCAAACAGUCUUCAUCUGCAGCUUCAUGGUAGCAGCUCCCAUCUUCGGUUACCUGGGCGACCGCUUCAAUAGAAAGGUCAUCCUGAGCUGUGGCAUUUUCUUCUGGUCCAUUGUUACUCUGUCGAGCUCCUUCAUCAGCAAAGAGUACUACUGGCUGUUUGUGCUCUCCAGGGGACUGGUGGGCAUCGGUGAGUCCAGCUACUCCUCCAUCUCUCCCACCAUCAUAGGAGACCUGUUCACUAAUAACAGCCGCACCAUGAUGCUGUCUGUCUUCUACCUGGCCAUCCCCCUGGGAAGUGGGUUGGGUUACAUCCUGGGCUCCAGUGCGAAGGAGGCUGCAGGAGACUGGCACUGGGCACUGCGGGUGUCCCCGGUAUUAGGGAUCACUGCAGGAACUCUGAUCCUGGUCUUCGUGCCCGAGCCCAAGAGAGGCAGCGCUGACCAGAUGGGAGGACGCAUCAAGACCCGCACCUCCUGGUUCUGUGACAUGAAGGCUCUCGCCAAGAACCGGAGCUACGUGUUCUCCUCCCUGGCGUCGGCGGCUGUUUCUUUUGCCACGGGUGCGUUUGGUAUGUGGAUCCCUCUGUACCUGGUCCGAGCCCAGGUGGUGCAGAAGACGGCAGAGCCCUGUGUAAAAGAGAUCUGCAGUAGCACAGACAGUAUAAUCUUCGGGGCGAUCACCUGUGUGACCGGGCUGUUGGGCGUGGUCAUCGGGGCGGCCACCACACGCCUCUGUCGCCAGAAGACUGAGCGAGCUGACCCGCUCGUAUGUGCUGUCAGCAUGCUGGGCUCGGCCAUCUUCAUCUGCCUCAUCUUUGUGGUGGCUAAGAAGAGCAUCGUAGGAGCUUAUGUUUGCAUCUUUAUAGGAGAGACGCUGCUUUUCCUGAACUGGGCAAUAACAGCAGAUAUUUUAAUGUUUGUCGUUAUUCCCACUCGGAGAGCAACAGCGGUCGCCUUUCAGAGCUUCACCUCACAUCUGCUGGGUGACGCAGGAAGUCCGUACCUGAUAGGCCUGAUCUCCGACGCCCUUCAGCAGAGCUACACAACCUCAGCACUGUGGCGGUUCCUCAGUUUGGGCUAUGCCCUCAUGCUCUGUCCCUUUAUCAUCGUCCUGGGGGGCAUGUUUUUCCUGGCCACUGCGCUGUUUUUCCUGGAUGACAGAGAGAAGGCAGAGAAACAGUUGAGCCAGCUGACACGACCACCCUCUUCAGUCAAGGUAUGACCAGGUGACAACCAAUUGAGGAGCCAUCUGAAGGAGCAACCAAACUCGACAAGGAUGACAAAUACAGAGGGCAGCUGAUCCACCUCUUUAAAACCACACCCAUGUCAUCUUUCCUAUUAUCACCGCCGCCGCCGCCGCCAUCAUCAUCCUCAUCCUCCUGGCUCCUGCUGUUCUCCCUUUUCUAUACACGCUCAUGGAGGCUGCUCAGAACUGGACCGAGGGAGCGUCUUGCCCCCUCUUGAACCGCCUCUAAAUCACAGGCUGGUGAGAACGUGCACAGCCACCGGGCCGACAGCUGGUGUCCUUCCUCACCUCUGUCUGUGAGGAUCCACUGAACCUUCCAGGGAGGAGGUGGAGGUGGCGCAAAAUCCCCCAUGAUCCCCUCUGACUCCUGAUGCCAUACUACUGAAUGCUGAUCAUGAACCUGCCCUGUCUGUCUGCCUGUCUGUCCAACGGUCUGUCUCUGUAUGUCUGUCUGUCUGUUAUGUUGGCUGUCAAUCUGCACCAAGUGCCAUAUAGCAUCAUUACAUUCCUUCAGACUUUGCACUGACCACAAACAACCCUCAUGACUUCAUCCUUGUCUAUAUUUACAUGCACACUAUAAUUCAGCUUUUGGCUUUGAAAUUAGUUUGAUUGAGCUGUUUAUUCGGAUCAUCUGCAGUCACAACGCUCCACUGGUGUCUGCGCAGCUCCCAUGCAAAUUUUUCCACAAUUUAUUCUGCCCGGGCUUUCAACUCGAAAACAGACAGUAGCUGUAAAAUUCAAGUUAUGUGGAGCAAAUGAUGCAACUUGUCAAAACGUGCUGCAGGGAUAGUAUGUUUCUCAAAGUGUUGUUUAUCUGCUCAAACAUGCAUCCAGUAAUGUGACUAAUACGACUCGGGGUUAUUCUGCACAUCUUCAUCACAGUGUUAACAACGUGGACUUCAAAACGCAGAUACAGUGUUUACAUGAUGAUGAAUGCAGUAUUCUCAUAAUCGAUCGAAAUCCCGCUGUGCAUGUAAACAUAGCCGUCAACCAAGAGCCAAAAAGUGUUGCCGUCUAAAGGUCAGUGAAUCAGCCUUAAAAAUUGGAGCUUUCCCAUCAACAGCUGUUUCUUUUCACCCCCUCCCUCCAUAUGUGUUUUUAUUUUUAGCUUUUAGCACUUAAAUCCGUGUAGACGGUGCCAGAGAACAUGACAGAUGAGAGAUUUCUGCACAUUAUUUUUCACAAGGUCCCUUGUGAUCUUUUUUUUUUUUUUUUUUUUUUUUUUUUUUUUUUUCUUUGUGUGUGAUGUUGGAUUUGUAACUGGAGUUUACAGUCUGUGAUUGUUUCAGAAGGAUGACGAAACAAUCCGGGCUGUUUAAAGCAGACACUGGAUUUUUAUAUUUUAUCAUUUAUAUUGUACAUGCUAUUCCCAAAAUUGCUACUCCUUCGGUUUUUAAGGAGUAAUACUUGUGUUUUUGUGUAAAUGAGAAGCAAUACUAUUUCUUUUUCAUGCAAACCAACCAUUUUUUUUUUAUCCACACUGCCUUAUCAGUGAGCUGGGUUUCCCUUUGGAGCUCUCUGAUGGUUGGUUUUGAAUUUCUGGACACAACACCCACACAGAGACGGAGUCACUUUUAAUGAUGGAUUCCAGUCCAGUCCAUGCUGGUUACAAUAACAGGCAUUGUGAAUAGAGACCUUUCCCCCUUUGCUAUUGUAGAUAUCCCUUUCCACGAUUAGCAGAAAGAACCUUUGUAAAGAGCUGGAGUCACACUCAUCGGUUUAUUAGUGAGGGAAAUCAAACUCCCAGACAGGAACGGGAAAUCCUUCUGCCUCGGGUUAGACUGAUGGCGGCCUCUUAUCGCUGAUAAUGGAUAAGCAUCCCCCCUUUGAAAGAGGACCAGCGUGUCCUCAGAUGUCACUGCAGGAGCUGAAAAACAGAGUCCCCCUCAAUACCUGCACCAGGUAUUGACACAGAGAUUUACAUAGAAAAUAGAAGUUCACAAUAGACAGAAAAUCUGGAUUUGAUUUUAUCACUCUACGCAUUAAUUACAGUAUUUUAAGUGUAAUUAUGCAAAAGAAAUUCAAUCUCUCACAAAGAUCUGAGAGGAAGACUGCAGCUUCUUUCUAGUAUGUACAAAGUUUUUCGGCGAAACGCCUCAUUUAGAAAAUACCUUGAAGGAUCCUUUUUGUAGUACAUGACCUGGUGGAUACACUUCUACUGAAACCUUGAAGCCACUAAAGCAGUCACAGUUUGUAAAACUUGUGAGUAAAGGGAAGAAACAAAGCACUUUGCAGACCCCCAAGAAGAACGCAGAAGAAGGAGGAGAAGGACGGAUUGACCUUCGCGGAGGAAUAAAGGGAGACAUUGAGGUGGUUGUUGUAGCGCUGAUGUGCGAGCGUGACUCACUGGCUGUGUGUGGGGGUGCUGUGUGGGCUGUGUCCUUGUUGCCGGAUCAUUAGCUUUAGCUUCUCUCCUGCGUGGAGCUCUCUGAAUGUGAUUCUGUCCAACCUGACGUGUUUACACACCUACAUCUUCUUAAUGAACUAAGCUUCUUAUCUUCCUUUUAUCGGUUUUCUUUUUGUUUUUGUUUCGUUUUUUAAUGUUACCAAAUGAGUUUUUCUAAUAACUACAAUAGAGAUAUAUAUAUCUAUAUCACGCAGCAACUUUAAUAUAUUGUAAAUGAUGGCUUGGAUGCAAUGUAUUUAUUUGUUUGUUACCAUAAUGAAGAAUAAUCUAUAAAGGGAAGUUUAAGGUUUGAGUAUACUACACUUUGUUGUAUGUCUUUGGGUUUAGAAAUGUCUGUUUAUUCAUCCAUUUGUAUCACAACUAAGCAACACAAUACCUUUCUACAUCGCUAGGAUUCAUCUUGUUUACUGUGAUCAUGAAUUGGACAUCUCUCAUAUUUCUCACACACAGAACUGCAAUGUGGUGGUUUAAGACAGCAUAUGCCUGUCAUUGUUAGAGUGCAGUACUUUUUUUUUGCAUUCGUUUUUUGUAGCUCUUGUGUAUGUGUGUGUGUGUGUGUUUUUUUUUUGUUUGUUUUUUUUAAGAAUAACUGAUCAAACCAUUUUGCACACUUAAUGUUCAGGGAUUUAUUUGAACCAUAGCCUAGCAUUAACUUCACCGCCUCUACCACAGAGGCCUGUCACUUCAUGUUCACAGUAAGUGCUGACAUAUUGUCAUUUAUCAUCAGGAGGAAUGUUGGCUCUGGUCAGAUGGGUCACGAAUUGCGUUUCACUUUGCCAAAUUUUAGUUGAUUUAGCACCAAUCCCUUAGGAGUAUAAGUCCAUUGUAUCGAGUGAUUUUAUGUUAAUAAUCACUGAAGUGAUGUUUUGAGAAUAUGCUACUUCUUGUCAUACAAGAAUUGUGUAUAAAGAAACCUAUUUCUGAUGUUGAGCAGAAAACAGAGGUUAUUUUUAUUUUUAGAGCAAGUUAAUACGAGAGCGGUGUCAGAGAAAAAUCAAAGGAUAUUAUUGUAGAACUGAACUGUGAUGCUCCCUCUGGGGGUUGAUAGAAAAUGUACAUGUCUGUAAAUCAAAUAAACCUAUUUAAUCACUUCA